AUAUUCUCAAAUUUAUCUCUCUAUUCCAUUCCAUCAAAAUCAAGAAAAUGGUCUCACCAUCAGUACUUGAUCUGUUGAAAACGGAGCUUCCAAUCGAAGAAGAACCUCUUAUACUUUCCGGCGAUGUAAACACCGGUCUUGUUGUUGUCGACGUCAUCAAUGGCUUUUGUACUGUCGGUGCUGGAAAUUUGGCUCCAGCCGUACCUAAUAAACAAAUAUCUGGAAUGGUUGAGGAGACAGUUCGUAUUUCCAGGAAGUUUUCUGAAAAUAAAUGGCCGAUUUAUGCUCUUCUUGAUACUCACCAUCCUGAUAAACCUGAGCACCCUUACCCUCCCCAUUGUCUAGCAGGAACGGAUGAAUCAGAACUAGUUCCAGAUUUGAAAUGGCUGGAAAAUGAAGAAAAUGUAACUAUCAGGCGCAAGGAUUGCAUCAAUGGGUAUAUUGGUUCUACUGAAAAGGAUGGUUCCAAUGUUUUUAUCAAUUGGGUCAAAACCAACAAGAUCCAAAGGAUAUUGGUUGUAGGAAUAUGCACAGAUAUAUGUGUUCUAGAUUUUGUUUGUUCAGCUCUAUCUGCAAAGAAUAGUGGAUUUCUAACUCCUCUUGAAGAGGUUUUGGUUUACUCCUCUGGAUGUGCCACUUUUGAUAUUCCAAGUCAUGUUGCAAGAAACACUAAAGGUGCUAUUGCACAUCCACAGGAAUUGACUCAUCAUAUAGGCCUUUACAUAGCAAGAGGAAGGGGGGCAAAGGUUGUAUCAGAAGUGUCUUUUAAUUAGCUUAUUAUGAACAAUAAUAUGUAUUAUAUGAUAUUGUCAUUAUCUUGUAAUUUCUUAUAUAUGUGAUAUGUCAAUGCUCAUAAGAUAUUUUCAACUUUUUAU